GCCUGCAUCGCGUCGCUGCUGCCGAGAGAGGCUCCAGCCCGGCUCAGCACCACGUUCAGCACCAGCCUCGGAGGGACCUUCUCCGUCUCCUCAGGUUUCGGAUCGUGGCGCUGGGAAGCCCUCGGUGCUAUGCUUCCCUGCCACAUGCUGAGGUCGAGGCACCCGUCUGAGUGGAUGUUCGUCGCUCUCCUCCUCGCCCUGGCCGAGCUCAGCUGCAGUGCCCAGCCCACCUACCAGUGGAAGGAUGCUGCGACUCAGGAGAAGCUGACCUGCCAGCAGUGCCCGCCGGGCACCUUCGUGGCACAGCACUGCAGCAGGGACAGGCAGACCGUGUGCCAGCCCUGCCCGGACCUGCACUACACUCAGUACUGGAACUACCUGGAGAAGUGCAGGUACUGCAACGUCAUCUGCGAGGAGAAGCAGCUGGAGGUGCUGCAGUGCAAUUCCACCCACAACCGCGUCUGCCAGUGCCAGGAGGGCUACUACUCGGAGAUGGAGUUCUGCAUCAGGCACUCCGAGUGCCCGCCGGGCUCUGGAGUAGAGAAGCUGGGUACCCCCUUCGAGAACACCCAGUGCCACGUCUGCCCCCGGGGCUUCUUCUCUGCCUCCUCCUCCAGCACCCAGCCGUGCCAGCCCCACCAGGACUGUGAGCAGCAGGGCAUGGUGACCAACGUGCAGGGCAACCAGUACCACGACACCCUCUGCACCUCCUGCAGGCUGGACAGAAGGAACAGCUCCCAGGGACCAGCCCUAGGAGAUGACACCUGCAAGCAAGCCAUGAUAGACUUUGUGGCCUACCAGAACAUCUCCUUCAGGAAGCUGCGGCGCCUGCAGCAGAUCCUGGAGGGCUCUCCCAGGAAGCAAACACCUGGCAGCAAAGCAGCCAUGCAGGAGAAGUUCAGGACUUUCCUCACCCGCCUCAAGCAAGACCACUACGAGGUGAUCAGGGAGCUGCUGGAGGCUCUGAGGAUCACCAAGCUGCACUCCAUCGAGGAGAAGGUCCGGGAGCGCUUCCAGCUCUACUGAGGACUGGACUCUCUGGGGAGGCUUUGGGGGUGGAUUGGUUUUUAGGGGGGGGUCGUUUUG